AUGGGAGAAAGAAGACAGUUUACCUGGGAAGAACUGGUUUCUUUAAAUCAAAAACACAACGCACAUAUAGCUGUUCGCGGAAAGGUGAGAAAAAUAGGCACGAAUGAUUGAAUUGGCAAAUAUUGUUUCGCAGGGAGUAUUUGGGAGGUUUAGCUAACACGAAGACGACCGCAAUCAAAGAAUGACCAAACAGGGGCACCCAACGAAAAUAUAGUUCAAAACCACUCAAACAUAGCAUUGAUGAACGUAUUUUAGUAUUUAAACGGUAGAUAUAGGCAUAUUUUUAUCUCUAAAAAUUAUUCAUCUGUUCGGAUUUCCUAGCUGAGAGUCUAGUGAUCCGAAAAUUAUAGGAAAUCUCAAAUCGUCUUCCGAACAGAUAUUAUCCGAAAAUUGACGUUGGGUGCCCCUGACCAAAAGCUUUGGACUUGGUUUUAAUUAGGAGAGAUGAUGAAAACAACAGCACUGUUCACUCCAGCAAAAUUUGCAUUCAUGUGACCAAAUUGAGGAAAGCAAAUUCUUUUAAAAGAGAAGAGAAUCUCUUUCAUUUAACGGCCAUUGGCAUAUUAAUUUGUUUUUGUAUUUGGGGUUUGCAUUUCUACUGCGACGAGAAUCUAUUCUGAGUGGCUCACACCAACAUUUUUUUCAAGGCGUUCACGGGUAACUCGACCUCCUAAAAAUACAAUAUCUAGAACAGUUUUUAACAAAGAAAUUUAAUGAUCCUUAAUACUUGGCAAGUUUUAUGCAUCAUUUCCUAAACAUAUUGGCCCAAGGACUGAACGGUUGAUUUAACUUAGGCAUAGAGGGAUUAAGAUAGGAUAACAGCAAGCGUCGGUGCUUCAGUUGGAAUUUCUUAUUUAAUAAUGUAUUAUAAUUCAGGAAAUUGUACGCUUAAUAUGUAUUAUACAACAGACCAAAACCCGGGAGAAUGGUUUCAAAUGUCAAACAUCAUACGUACAUACUUACAUACGUGCGUACAUACAUCAUAAGGCACCUACAUGUAAUCAUAAGUACCAUUCAAUAGUACCUUUUCAAGUUGUUAUUGGCCUUUUCCUGCCCGCCCACAGAUAAUGGUUAGCUCAUGCGCAUGACAUACUGGCCCUUGGUUGACGGUUGAAUUUGCUGCACAUAACAACAACAUCAACAAAAACAACAUGAUCAACUUCAACUUCAACUUCAACUUUAUUUCAUAGGACUAUUGGUUACAAUAGACUGGCCCGCAAAAUAGCAAUUGCUAAUCUAGGCGGACCAGUUAAAAGAAAAAUAAAUUGAAAGGAAAAGAAAGGAAAGGAAAAAGGAAGGAAAACUACAAUUUUAAGUUACAAUAAAUAAUAUUCUAUCACAGUUUUAUUUUAAUUACAUUAAAUCUGAAAAAGCAAACAAACAAAUAUACUUUAAUACACAAAUCACUAAACUACUAAUCGAACUUUUUCAACUAUUAAGGGCGUUUCAAUAUAGUCAUCUUCUCUUUUUAAGAUAUCCGAAAGCAAUCUGUGAAGUACUUUCCUAAAUUUCUUUUUAGGAAGAUCUCUAAUAUGACAAGGCAUCUCAUUCCAAAGUAUUACACCAAAGCGAGACAAGGAGUUUUUGUGUAUUUCCAGCUUUGAGCUUUUGAAGUGAAAGUUACCUGAACUAGAUGAUCUUGUAUAUAAGUAUGAAUGAAUUGUUGAGGUUUUUUCAAAUAAAUUGAGCAGAUUUGUUGGCGAAUUGUUGUUGUUAAUAUCGUGCAUUAGAUUAGCCACAGUUUUAUAAUACAUAAAAGACACUGGUAAUAUGUCAGCGUCGAUAGAUAGAGGAACUGCGUGUUCACGUAUAUCCGUAAAAUACAUCAUGCGAAGCACUUUCUUCUGGAGAAUUAAAAUUUUAUUGAGAGACGUCUUGGAUGCCUGACCCCAGGCAGCAAGACCAUAGUUUAGGUGAGGGUGGAUUAAUCUUUGGUAAAUACAUAACAGUAUAUGACGGGGUAUGGAGUGCCGAAGUUUUGAAAUUAGUCCAACGGUUUUACUGAUUGUUGCCUUAAUGGCGUCAAUGUGAUAUUUCCAAGUAAGAUUUUUAUCAAUCAACACACCAAGAUAUUUAAUAUAAUUUUUGGACUCUAGAGUAACAUUUCCAUUUUUUUCGUUAUCGAACAUGUAGAGGCUCGGUUGGUAAGUGACUUUUUUUUGAUAAGGAUGAAAGAUUACAAAGUUAGUUUUUGUAGUAUUGAGAGUUAACUUAUUGGAUGUUAACCAUUCGUGGAGGUUUUGUAAUUCGAUAUUUACUAUAUUUUCUAGGGACUUUAAGUUUUUAUCGGCAUAAAAGAUAUUAGUAUCAUCUGCGAAGAGAUAAAACUUAAGUUUAUUCGAGCAUUGAUGUAUGUCAUUAACAUACGAUAAAAAAAGCAACGGGCCGAGCACAGAUCCUUGGGGAAUGCCAUAACUUACGUUGGCUUUGUUUGAAAUGUAUGGUCCGAUUUGGGUAGAUUGCAUCCGAUUAUUCAAAUACGAGGAGAACCAAUCAUUAAUAAUUCCACGAAAACCAUAGUGAUUAAGUUUGUCAAGCAAAAUGUUAUGAAAGAGGGCUAAAUUGCCUCUAAAAGCAAAGUAAGGCAGCUCUUUGAGUGUUGAUCUUUGAGCUUUUUCUUGGACCUUAUUUCUACGGCGUAACUUCAUUUUGAGCUAAUUUAAGCGAUAGAGCGAAGAAGGUUUUCAGAAUUACCCCGCUUAAUGCAACUCUAAUAUCUCAAAGUACUUAGCUUAUCGUGACUCCCUCAGUUCAUUUAAUUCGUCUAGGCUUGUUAGCUUUAUGACUGUUGAUGUUUCCGUUUUGCGCAGACAGACAGCUCCGUUUUUCGCCCAACAGAAUUUGAAGUUAUUGGCGUUCUUGUAUUUCUUGCUCUCGAAGAGAAGCUCCUGUAGUCGAGGAGUUAGAUGAUCAUACAAGUUAAUAUGACUGAUAUCAAAAUCGUCAGGGAAGCCUAACUGUGACGCCUCGAGGUUCUCCAAUCUCCUUCGCGCAGCCAUAACUUUUCCCUUUGCCAGUCUUCGAGUAAAUUUGCAAACGAUAGCAUUCGGCCUGUUCGAGGCAGAACGGUUCGGUAUCCGAUGAGCAAUAUCUAUGUCGUUAAGCGAAACAUCUUCAACUCCAAGAGCUUCAAACAGCCUAAGGAGUGUCGAUGGAUUUAGCAAUUCGGUCGCAGAGAAUGGAGAUUUCGGCGACUCUAGUAAACAGUUGUUUGAUUUGCUUCACCGCUUCGUCUUUGAAGGCGACAAGGUCGUCAUAUUUACUGGAGACGAAUUCAAGCGAAUGAGCACAUUCUGACGACAUUUUCUUCUCGGCGUCCGGCUUCGUUAGCCUGCGUGCAGACGAUAACUAAACUUCGAGUUUAAUUUCGUCUGCGCGCAGGCUAGGCUUCGUCAGCUCCGCUUUCUUUGACGAAAAUUCUUCGGAAAUUUUCUGGAGUUCUUCUUUCAAUUCAGCUAUCUCAUUUCGUAAAGAUUGAUUUUCCUUCCUCAGCUUUUCAUUCCCGGUCAUAAUUGGCAGAAGAAAGACUCAAAUUCUAAUCUUAGCUCGGAGAGCUCUUAAACACACGUCCGACCAGUACAAGCACCGCACCAGUCUCAUGAUCAUUUAUUUUACUGGAGGACUUAAAACUGUGAUCUAUUAAUAUAAAGCCCUUCAGCAAUCCAAGGCCGGGCGAACAAAAUAAAGAACGAACAUUACCGAAAUUGUUUGACAUGUUUGAUCGACACGCAAAAUAUUGUUGUUGAACCAACUCGGCUUACACUUCAAACAAAGACGCUGUUUGAUAUUUGUUGCCCACCGCAAGUAUAGCCUAGUGUAUGACUUGGCGAAAGCAAGAUAACAAUUAACGAUACCGCUAAGCGUGAAGUUAGCGCUCCUCUAAUGGCUAAAAUUAAAAAAAAAUUAAAAAGAGGAAGUAGAAAUUAUUUUUUGUUCAGAAGGAAUUCACGAAAAUAAUUUGCACAGCCGUAUGAAACUAACUUUAGCGGUUGAAUAACAACAAACAAAGAUGGAAAAGCAAAAGAACUGUAGAAUCAGCAUUAGCAAUAGCAAGGAACCAUUGGGAAGAGAUAUACCGGCAUGUCUGAUAUAUAUUUUCUUAAAUACCGUAUUUAUUCAUAUAAGCGCAGAACCUCGAAUUAGGGCCCACCUCGAAUAAGCGCCCAUCCUAAUGGCAGAAAAAGGUAAUAGGUGCCCAGCCUCGAAUAAGCGCCCACCACCACCCCACCCCCUUCCAACGAUGUCGGACAUUGAGAAGGCAGCACCAGAGAAUUCACUAAUUAUUGACGUGAGCGACAAUGAGAUGGAAAUUGACAUUGAACAAGUGCUAUUAAAUGGGAGACUUUGCCGACGACGGAUUUUUAUUCAGAGUAUUUUACUGAAACCUUGCUUGGUUACAUCUUCGCGUUUUCUUAUUUUCGUUUAUUGUGCAUGUUUUGUUGCAAAGUAAACAUACUAUAUUGCUGAAAAUGGUGAAAAUCUAAUAAGCACCCAGCCUUCGAUAAGCUCCCGCUCUCCAGGUCCAAAAAUUUUAAUAUAAAUUUUUUGGGACCUGGGCGCUUGGAAUAAAUACGGUAAGACCAUGUACUUUUCAAAGUGUAGGGAAAAGUCAGUAGAAGACCAAAAACAUUUUUCUUGCUGUUCCGCCGACGGAAUUCAUUUUACAGGGCACACUGACUUAUUAUUCUAAAUUUUACGUUCUUAUUGUUCCUUUAGGUUUAUGAUGUCAGCAAAUUUCUCACACAUCAUCCAGGCGGUUCAGAUGUCCUUCUCAUGGCGGCAGGAAAAGAAGUUACUAUCGUGUUUGAGACAUAUCAUGCCUUCAGUGACGUUGCCCCCAAGUAAGCUCUUGAAGUAACUCUAGGUUCUCUCUAUACAUACUUAUUCGUUCCAGACUGUUCUUGGACGUGUGUUCUCCUUAGUGCCCUGGCUUUAACAGUACUGUGUCAGCGAUACCCUUGAGUGAGGGGUCUCGGGUGUUUCUGCGAUUUUUUUAGGCUUGUCAUACACGAGUAGCUAUGAAGUCAGCGUAUUAGAAAACCCUUGUUAUCGCCCGGUCGCACCUGAAAACGAUAAUUCUUCGUAUUUCGAAGAUUCCACGUUCAGUCUGUUUUCGAAGACGAUUGUUUCCUUAACCCUCCUCAAAAGGGGGCGAAAAGGGAAGACGUAUAAAAAGGUAUACCGUAAAUGCUCGAAUUAGUGCCCGGGACGCUUAUUUAAUUUUCUAAUACGCGAGGGGCCGGGGGAGCUAAUUCGAAGGGGGACGCUUAUUUGAAGGGGGGCGCUUAUUUCGUUUAUCAAUUUUUAGCCUCAAAAUGACACUAUCUUUAUUUAGCAAGCUGGUUAUAGGUUGGACAUGUACCCAUUGAACUUUUCUUCCUCGUGUUUACAUUUCUACGAGCUCAUGAGGAUAAUCAGGUGGCAGUUGAAGUCACUGGAAGCAGGAAACUUGAAAAUGGCCUCGUAAUUCCAGGAACUUUUAAGGCAGUAACAAGGAGCCGGCGAUUGGGAGCAAAAGUGUACGAGGAACUUAAUAAAGUGAAGCAGCUAUUAUAUGUGCUUACAUGGAUAUUUCUAUCAAGGAAAUGAGAAGCAAACCUGUGCGACUUUGAAAGGACAUUGCUGUUUAUACUGUAUAACAACGUCACAUUUCAUUAAAAGAACAGUAUAGACCGUAUACUUCUCGCAUAUCGUACCGAGUACCGAAACUCAUUUUUUCUCGGGGGGAGGGGGGCGCUUAUUCCAAAUUUUGAGCCUUAGGAGGGGCGCUAAUUCGAAGCGGGGCGCUUAUUUGAAGCUGGGCGCUAAUUGGAGCAUUUACAGUAUGUGCAUUCAAGCAAAGACGCUUUUAGUCUGGACAAGAUAAAAACACCUCGGGCGAAAAAGCCUUUUCGACAAAUCAGAGGUGAAGGUUUUCAAAUUCCCGCCCAUGGCACUGACACGGCAAGGCCACUGCGAUGGGUUCUGAUUCGCUUACUGGUCCAAGCACUUUUUCGCCGACCAACAUUUUUCCGGUCUAAGGGCGGGAACAAUCAGGUCACGUUUUGAUUGGCUUUCUAGAUAGGGAAGAUAAGUUGCCGGUUGACGAGAAGAAUUACGACACCAGCCCUUAAGUUGAGAAUGAUGCCGACCAAAACCAACAGAAUUGUGUUCUCUUGCUAGAGCCAAAGUAAAUAAUUAGUGGGCAAUUAUACCUUUCGCCCAGUAAGCCCAGCAGAACUUCAAACCUAGCACAUGAAAAGCCUGCGAGAAGAGCAAGUUAAAAUUCAAAUUGUUUUGGGAUCACUAAAAAUGGUGUAAGUCAGAUGGUAUGUCCCCCAUACCCUUGACUGACAUGUUAAGGACAAAAAUUCAACAAUUAUUGUGAGAGGGACCCAGCCUUGAGUCAUUAUAACGAUCCAUAGUAUGGUAGGAAAGUUGAAGAACUGACACAUUUAAUUUUUCUUUCAACAGAACGUUACAAAAGUACUAUGUUGGUGAUCUUGUUACCAAUAAGUUUCCAACUUUCCCCGAACGUGGGUAAGCAGAACCGAGACAAAAAUAAGGAUGAAAGUAGUUUUAGCAAAUGUCAAAUGAAUGCUUGCAAAAUUGUGAACUUCCUCAUGGUUGACGAGACGAACUUCAAUUCUGAAGGUCGGGGCUCACUUUUUUUUGUUUUUCUAAGUAAAAUGCUAAAUUGAAGUUGAUUUAUUGGACAAAAAGCUUUUCUGCACAUUUAUCUCCACCAACGUGUAAUGCUCGGAUAGCCCUGUGUCCGAAUGACUAAUAUCCCUCCACGAUGCUUUGUGCGGUAGAACUCCAGCUACGAUCGCUCGAAAUGCACUUAAGAAGUUUUUUCUUUGGAAGUAGCUAUUUUUACAGUCAAAUCAGUUACUGGACAUCUCCCAAAAACGUACACAUAGAGUUAUUCCCGGCCUUCUUUAUAGUCAUUUCCUGACAUUGAAACACCGAAAUGAGUCGGGCACCUUGCGCUCGGUCCAAUCGAUGCUUUACAGAGAGCAGCUGGAUUAUCUACGUUAUUAGUUUAAAAACUGGAUCCAUUUAAACCAGCUGUAGUUAUAAUGUUUAAUUUUAUUAGGAGAUGUGUACUGCUCGGCACGUUCUAUAGGUUAAAAUGUGUUUAUUGCAGGGCCUUUUACAACACAAUGAGAGAGAAGGUAAAGAAUUAUUUCAGGGAAACAAAACAGGUAAGCUGCGUCAGGGGCUCCUGGCUGCGUAUAAAUCGAUCUAGAAAUAUUGAACAGCAUUUAUAACCAUAUCGACUUGUAUUCUACUAUUUACUAGGAUAGAGAGAGUAAUAUCCAAAGCGUGCGUGUUCCAUGAAGUGUACGAACAAGAGCAAUAAUUGUGCCGAGAAAGUCGCCUUUAUUUCGUCAACCCUGCCCUCCCCUGCCUUUUUUAUAUCAAGUCUCCCUACCCACACAGUCAAACAACCUGGUUGCCUAAAACCACAGCGCUCGCGCGCAUGCUCUGAUCGUCUAACCUUGAGCGAGUUGACCAGGCGAGCCAAAGUGGGUAUAUAUUGCUCGCCUAGCCGGGUCACCCUUUACGUAAACGGUUCGCCAAGUUUUGUAUGGAAACAUAAAAGACGUUGGCUCGCCCAGGGUCCGCUCAGAUAGGUGGUUGACCUUUUUACCUGGGCCAACUUUUCUCCAAAUAUACGGGGCUUUAGUUGAAGAGGCACUGCACGAAAAAUUGGGUUUACACCAAAUUUACUCAGUGCAAAUUUGGUGCAAAAAGUGCAAACUAAGGUUAAAUAAAGGGCAAAGAUGGUAAAUACCGCAAUUGCUUUAAAAUUUACACCCCAUGUAAACUGGCAAGCAAAUGCGGUAUUUACCAUCUAUGCUUUUAAUUUUCCCCUAGUUUGCACUUUUUUGCACCAUAUUUACACCGAGUAAAUUUGUGUAAGUCCAAUUUUUCGUGCAGUGAGGGUGCCUAUGGGGUUAACAGUUAACUGACAUUUGGCCAAAAAAAAACAGUAUUUAACUGAUAAUUGGCCAGAAAAAUUAGUAUAUAGUUAGCUGAGAAAUGAAAAAUUAACAGUUAAGUGACAUUCUAUUAAUACAAUCGUUGAUGUUAAUGAAAGCAACAAAGUUUUGCAAAAAGAAAUACUAUUUUCUGCCUUUUUUCUGUCCCGCUGAUCACCCAGGGCAGUACCCAGCAAACAUAGUAGUUAACUGAUAUUUGACAUAUUUGGCCGAAACAUUAGUAGUUAACUGAGAAUUGGGUACUCCCAUUAGCACCCUCGCUGAAGUAUUCUCUUUCAACAGGAUCCCAAAAGCUCACCAUGGAUGUGGUUAAGAUUCAUUAUUAUGCCAUCGAUAGCGGUUGCCAUGUAUCUUGCACAGGUUAGUUCAUUUCCCAGUCCCCAAAAGAGGCCUUCUUUUUAUGUUGCAACGUUUGCUUCUUUGUUUAUUUUGAAAAGAGGUUCCGUUCAAAGUCCGGAGAUAGUGUAAGGUAAAGGCUCAUACAGACGGUACAAAAUCUGACGCAAAAAUAUAUAUUGCUCACAGCAAAAUAAAAGUGUAACUAUGCGGAAGGGCUAUAUUAAGCUGUUAGUUUAGCCCAGAACACCAUGCGGGCGCGAAGAUACGUAAGCAUCGAAAAUAACCAAGUUAAAAUUUGCUAAGGAAAAAAGAAGAGUUAAAUGGAAACUCUAGCUUGCAAAAACAGCCGUUUCUCCUUGCUCGCCGCUAAGGACAUUUUGCCAAGUCCCUAGCUGAGAGGAGUAAGGAGAAAUAGAGAAUACUUCAUGGAAAGUGCUGGCGUACGGUAUUUACGCACGAGUUGUUGACGUAUCAGAAAUCGAACGAGUGAGCGCAGCGAACGAGUAAGAUUUCUGAUACAAAAACAACGAGUGCGUAAAUACCGUACAAAGCACUUUCCAUGUGGUAUUGUGUUUAUUAUAUACAUACUGAGUCAUUCAUCAUUUUGCAGGCCUUUUUAUUUUAAAUCUUUCAAAAAUGCUAAAAUUUGCCGCUACACACUUACCGCAAAAUGACAACGAAAACGAAGUAUCAGCUUUUUAGUAAAAACGUUUGUUAAAAACAUAAAUGACGGUGAGGAUAUGAGGUUUAAUCCAAGAACUAUAAGUAAUCUUAACUGUUUGUUCGCAAUGCACAAUUGAAAAUGAGUGAAUUUAAGUAAAAUGGCCGGUUUCAAUAUAAGCUUAAGCUUAAAUGAAAGGCAAAGUAGCUCCGACAAAAAGGACAACAAAAGCUUACGUCUCGUUCUGUUUAUCCCUUUCCGCUGUUGUUUCACCGGCUCUCUACCGUAUUUUUUUAUCGACAGUGAAACAAACGAAACUAUUCCACUCCAUUUCCGAAAUGUUUUUCACUUUUUUAGCGAGAAAAACUCCUUGAGUAAAACUUUUCUCGUUGAUAAAUGUGUGCGAAGCGGCGCUGCAAGCUGCAGUAAAAGGCGGGAAUUUUGGCGCGAAACUCCUACACCUCGGUGGCUUCUGAUUGGACGUAUCAUUUUUCUCACACGUGAAAAAACAUCGUUCGCGAUUCUGAUUGGACGUAUCGUUUUUUUCACGUGUGAAAACCAUCGUUCGCUCCUCUGAUUGGCUAUAACUAAUUUGCGUAGGAAAAUUUACGACAUAGCUUUUUGGUGAGUAUUUCUCAGUAUGUAUAUAAUAAAAGUGUGUAUUCGCAGGCUAUUGAAACUCAAACCAUAGGCUUUUAUCGAAAAAAAAAACAUCACUGUAGUCCUGCAUCGAAUGUUCCCGCUGGCUGUAUUUUUUUGUUGUUUUUGAAAUUUUGGUCCGAUCGGCUUCACUGAUGCAUGCAUGGUCGACAGCGCCACUUUUUUGCGUUUUUCACACGAAAAACCGUCGAAACUUGUUUGUUCUCAGUCCGAAAGAAAAAAAUUAUUACAAAUGGACAGACUUUUACCCUGGGGUGGGGGGUGCUCCCUUAUAUAAACUAUAUAGGUGUGUGCCGCCCCAUCGGGUAGGGUUUUUGCGCCGUUUUGGUCUGAAAACGGGUAUACACUUUGCCCAUUUUGGUCUGGAAUCGGGUUGGGUUUUCGAGGGAACUACGGGAGUGUAUGAACGUAUUUAUCGUUUCAAUUCCAAAUGAGUAAGAAAGAAAGAGAAAUAUGGGAAUUCGAAAUGGUUUGAAUAAUUUUCUUGUUAGCGCUCUUAUCUAAGUGAUGAUAACAUAACUUCUGCCUAAAGGCGCAGGUCUGAAAACGAGUAUUGGUUUUAGUAAGAGUUCUUGUUUGAAAUCAGGUGAAGAAAAUUACAUUUUUUGGUCUGAAAUCGGGUCAGGAUUUGAAGAACCGGGCGGCACACCCCCACCAAGAAUUCCCUGGAGUACCUCUCGGGGACUUUUAAAAAUAAAUUCGUGAAUUACUUCACUUUUUAAAUUCAUUGUAGUCUUCUUUUGUUCCAUUACUGUAUAGAUGUUCUGGUUGAUCGACAAUUUUUUUCUUUCCUGUGUUGCGGCCGCACUUAUGGGAUGGUUCUCGGCUCAAACAGCAAUGCACAAUGUUCACGAUGCAAGGUAAACUGCAAGUUAAUCUUUUCUUCUAUAAUCUUUUCUUCAAUGAUGAAGAUACUCGUUGAGAUUAAAUAAAUUAUGGUGCCGAGUUAAGAAAACCUAGAAUCAUGUUGCAUUUUGUAAGACCUUGUAAAAAAACUGUCACUUUUGGUAAUUAGUGAUUUUGACCCCCAAGGUAGAGGAAAAAAGCAAAGGAAAAACAACACAACGAAAUAAUCACACAGUUUGAAAUCUGCUUUGUAUUUUUGCUUAUCUUGUGGGGUAGGGGAGGGGGUGGGAGGAGGUUUACAGAAAGUAUGCAGUCUAUUUUUAGAUGUGUUGUUCUUUACUAUUGAAUCUAAUGUUUUUCAUCAGCCACUUUGCCGUGACAAGCAAUCCCAUUAUCUGGAGAGUGGUUGGUCAUAUUCAUGACUUCUUAAUAGGAGCGUCUUACCACGUUUGGGUUUAUCAGGUAAACUGUAUUGCUCGCGAUGGGCGCGGUUGCUUUACACAGCACCAAAACAAGAACUAAGCACAUAUACCACCAACCUCCACUGCUUGACCGUAUUACGCAUGCGCCAGCCUAAAAUGAUAAGAUGCGCAGUAACAGUAAGCUUUCACUCGGGUUUGGGCUCAUCAGCAGUGUCAUGAUCGGCAGGCCCCCGUACAAGGCAACGUGCAAAGCAUUUGAUUAAUCGCACACUCACCGCACACCAUGUGGUAGCUGUUGGCUGGGAACUGCAAAGCGAUUACAUAUACGCAAGAACGAUGCAAGCAUAAGCAAAAGCAGUGCGCACGCAUCGACCACAGACGCUAUAAUACACUGUAUUUCGUAAGUUACACAUUUUAUGAAAUACCUAUUACCUCGCCAAAAGCUGAAACCUACCUAACACAACAAUGAAUAUAAUAAAAUGUUGGUUAAUCGAAAAAUAAAAAGAAUUGCUAUUGUCGAAGUUUAACAGUAAAAUGUUUCAAACUUUUACGUACGGUCAAUAUAAGAUUUAGGCAUUUCGAAGUUUUUAUUUUUAGCACAUCUUUGGUCAUCAUCCUUACACCAACAUCGAUGGUUUUGAUCCUGAUAUCAGCACAGCCAAACAUGUGAGUGGUUUCCUUUAUUUUACAGUUAGGUAAUCGUCAGGGUAGUUUUACCAACAAAAAGAGAGUCCUUCCAAAAACUUGCACUUGGUGUUAGUCCCUGCCCUUGUUGAGUCUUUUUUACAGGCCCUAGUUGUUCGAAAUGUGGAUAGCGGUAUUCACUGGAUAAGUCACAAUCCAAAGGAUAGCUCUCUGGAUAGCAAUUUAUCGGGUGGAUAGUGCUAUCCAAGUUUUGAACAACCGGGGCCUGCUGUACAACUCUCUUAGACGUAAACAAAGUGGCGGUCUUAGCAGUGUCCCGACCUUUAAAAGAUUUGACGUCACUUUUUGUGCUUGGAUCGAUUGUUUAAUUCAGUGCUAGUAUCUUAGAAAUGUAUCCAUCGUUAAUAGUCUCUUUUAUUUCCUUGUUAUUUUUUUCACAUUACGCAGUCCCUUAAUGAUUUUCUACUUCUUGCAGAAGCCAGACAUGAGACGCAUUAAAUGGGAUCAAAAUUGGCUUCCUCGAUACUUUUACCAGCACAUCUACAUGCCACUGAUUUACUGCUUGGUAAGUACAUAUUUCUUAGCCUGUUCUAGGCGUUCAGAUUGUUGGGAUCGUGCAAAGAGCGUGUGAGCAGGAAAAACAGCGAAAGGGUGAGGUAGGGGGUGAAAGCAAAGGAACCAUCUUCUUUCCUUUCCAUCUCUUUCUCCUAAAUUGUUCCCGCUCUCUACUUCGUGCCGCACUCUAUUAUCGUAACGCCUGGAGCAGGCUAAACUUUGUUAAUAUCGCGCGUGCAACGAAGAAAAACCGGUACUGAAAGAGACAUACACAGUUGUAGGGACUGCCAACAGUGCAUUUUUGUGGCAUGAAACUGCUUUCAACUUUCGUUCGCAUGCCUCCCUUGUCAGUUGGCUUAUACAUUUCAACAAUAUGCCCUGCAUAUAAUGCAGCUAACCUGCCAUCAGGCGUCUUUUUGUUUUUCGGGGAAAGAGGAAAAGAAGAACGCGUCCUUUUCCCCUCGUAACCCAAACAAAAAGGGAAGAAGGGCCGCCUGAUCACAGGUUAAUGUGCAACUACAUGUGUUUUAAUUUUCCGCGCGAUUUUCCCUCACUCACCUAAGGAGUGAACGUUCUAUUUAUUUAUUUGCAUAAAUCUUUUGCUAGACUUUCUUAGAAGGCAUGGUCAAUUAGUUUUAUGAACUCAGUUUAAUCAAGUUGAUAUUUUUCCUUCAUUUUAAAUUUACAGCUAGGUUUGAAAACCAGGUCUCAGGAUAUUGCAACUCUGUUCAUUUACAAGAAAAAUAGUAAGUUCAAUUUAGAUAUUUGAUAACGGACUGGUUUUGGAAAAAUAAUUGAGAAUAAAAAUUAGCGAUAGCAAUGAAUGACGGUUUCGAUGACUCCAUGUCAUCAUUUUCAAGUUCGUGCAGCUCUCGGAAUUAAGGAGUACACGAAUUUGAAAGUGAUAUUGACAUGGAGUCAUCGAAACGUCAUUGCUAUCGCUAAUUUUUAUUCUCAAUUAGAUAUUUAAUGUGAAAUACUUUUUUCGGCAUUAAGUAGAAAUUUGACACGCAUUUACAGUAUAUACGAUUGACAAUGUGUAUCGUUUAUAUCCCACCCAACUUUACUAACUUUACAACUUGACAAAUUUACUCACACCUCACCCGUUACGUCAUAUCAGUACCAAACAUUUUCUCCACAUAUAAUUCUUAAAACAUUUUGUACGACUACAGCAGCCAACAAAUCACCCCAUACAAAGAGAAUCCAGAUUUCAAAAUCCUGGAAAUACUGCUCGUCGCGGUGUUUUCCUAGUGGAAUCUGAAAAACCGGGCUUUGAAAUCCGAAAUGCAGUCAAUGGAAUCGGGAAUCCACAGCGUGGGACGGUUUUAGAUUCCCUUUGUUGGACAAUACAAAGAUUGUUUUUUCCCAGUUCCAAAAACCCUCACUUUCAAAAUGAGGCCAAGUGCACAACCUUUAAUUUCUUGUGAAAAUGAGUUUAUUUGCAUGAAAUUGAAAAAUCAUUUCCAUAUCAAAGGCUGAGCACUUAACCUCGUUUUGAUACAGGGGCCUGGGGGAACUCGGAAAUGGCCUAUUGAUUUUGCUUCGAGACGGUAAUCGCAACUCUUGUUUUACGAACAAUAGAGAAACUUUCUUUAAUUCAGUUAUGAAAGAAAGAAAGAGAAAUCUGCGAAUUUGAAAUGUAUUUGAAGAAAUGUUUUGUUGGCAUUCGAAUACAUCUAAGGUAUUAUCAGCCUAUGCCAGGUCUGAAAACGGGUAUGGAUUUUAGAGGCCAGGUCUGAAGUUAAAUCGUUCUAUCAAGGUAAAUUAAAGACGCAUGUUAGUUCCGUUAGACGAAUUAAGUAUUACCUUUCAGAAGUGUAUUUCAUUAAUUUUAAGAUUUCCUUCAGGGAUUUAUCUUUACUUUUAGCGGUUAGUUUUACUGUUCUAGUUUGUUUUAUUAUAAUUGAUAUUCCACGGGCACGCGCACUUUUGUUGGUCUGAAAAAUUUACUGUGCGCACAAGGAAAUUUUUACUCCAAAUUGUACGCGGAAUCAAGUGAUUACCUAUACUUAUCUGUCAAUGUUCUUUCCAGGCACCAUAACUUUGAAUCUGCCCUCUACCUCUCACAUGGUGGUGUUUAUUACUGGCAAGCUCUUCUUUUUGUUUCAUAAAAUCUUGCUACCUGCGGUGUGGCUCGGGGUUUGGAAAAUGGUAAGCUAAGUCACUAUGGGUAGUAAAAAUAGUACUAACUAGUAAUACUAAUAGUAUACUACGAGCUGCAAAAACCCUCACGUUCAAAAUGAGGCCAAGUGCACAACCUUUCUUGUGGAAAGGAGUUUUAUUUGCAUGAGAAUGAAAAACCGUUUCCUUAUCAAAGGGUGAGAACUUAAUAUUUUUAUACAGAGGCCCGGGGGAACUCGCAAAUAACCUGUUCCAGGCUCCGGGAUAGUCGGAUCAGCUGAAUUGAGAAAGCGCGAACAGGAGGGGUUGUGGCCGCGCGAUUGUGGCUGAUCUGUAAGUAGAGAGUCACAUACCGGAUAAUUAUCAUAACAUAACAUAACUUUAUUAUUUAUAUAACGCAAAAUACAUUGGUAUAUGAUCUAAUGCGCUUUACAUUACAAUGAUUAUAAUACUACAGUGAAAUGGAUAAAAAAUUACAGCUUUUCUAAAUAGUUAAUAAAUGGAUACUAGAUAAAAAUAUUAUAUAUGCGUGCGAAAAAAAUUAUGUUAAAAUAUUAUAGGUUAUAAGCUAAAAGCUAAUUUAAAAUAAUGAGUUUUUAACCAUGCCAUAAAAGUUUUGACAAUGCCCAAAGCGCUCAACUCGUCUGGAAGGGCGUUCCACAGGGUCGGUGCGGCUGCAAAGAACGCCCUGUCUCCUGCUGUCUUGUUGGUCUUGUUGGGCAGAUCGAGCAGUAAGUGUUUUGUAUUUGAUCGCAGGUUAUAAUUUGACUGUGGCUUAAGUCUAAUUAAUUGAUGAAUAUAUGUGGGAGCACUACCAUGUAGAGCUUUGAAUGUGUAUACAACCAAUUUAAACAUUAUACGGUAUUUAACUGGUAGCCAAUGCAAGUCUUUCAUAACAGGAGAAAUGUGAUCAAAACGCGUGGUAUUGGAGAUGAGCCUUGCGGCAGCGUUUUGAACCCGUUGCAACUUGAUAAUAUAAGUGGCUGGUAAGCCGUACAGUAGACUGUUACAGUAGUCUAGGUAAUUGUUGAUACUAUGCCGGAUAGCUAAACUGUAAUGUCUUAACGCUGAUGCGGAUAACAAAAAAAGAAAUGUUAGGGGUUAGUAAGGUGAAUAUGAGCGGCAGUGAAAACGAAAAGUGAGCACCGGAACCCAAGCACCCGCGAGCUCUGAUAUUCUUUCCUUGGGAAUACAAGCUGCUUCUAACUUUCUCACGUUUCUCUUUUUUGAAUUAGAUUGUCCUUUUCAGUAUUUGCGAGAUGGUAGGAAGCUACUGGAUGGCCCUUACAUUCCAGGCCUCACAUGUUAUAAGCGAGGUUUGUUACGUUGAAAAGUGAUUACAAUGGAGCUUAUCUUGUGAUGGCCCUUCACUGAUAUUAAGAGUUAGAAAACUGCAUUAAAUUUUUCUUAAUAUAUUAUGCAAUAUUCUGUGAAAUCUAAGUGUACAGAAAGAGUUUCCGAGUUGCCCGAAAAUUGGGGAAAGGCUAGAUCUGGAAAGGCAAAGUAUUUUUAGCUACUCAAGGGCGGAGGCGGAAACUAAAAUGAAUUGUAUUUGGCUAAUUUCUAUUAUUAAAAACCUCUAUUAAGCGGACACCAGACUGAAUAGUAGUAUUGGAUUAAAUCCUUAAAAUACCGACUAUAGUCGAUUAAUAAAGAUAAAUCAAUACAUUUAGCUGUUAAUAAAUUGUAGAUAAGACCGAUAUCCGGCAGUAUGAUUGUCAUCAGCAAUCAAAUUUCACCUAAAAGUCUUGUAAAAGUAUAGCACAGCUUCCUUAACAACAUGGAUCCGAGCUUUAUUACAGUAAAGAGUAACAGUUGAAAAAUUAUCGUUAACAAACGUUGCGCAAUUUUUAGAAACCUCUAUUAAGCGGUCACUUUGGAGGUCCCGAAGGUGUCCUCUUAAUAGAGGUUUCGCUGUAUUUCUCUUAAUGAUAGAAACUGUUGAACUGAACAAAGUAAAGGCUGUCUAUCCGAUCAAUAUAACAGUCGUUGGAAUUGAUAUCGGCAAAUCAGGUGAAAACCUCCUUUAUCGCCCUUAGAGGCCACACCCAUUGCGCUCUUUUGCCAUCAAAACAGUUGGCGCAUUAAGAAUUUGAAUAACGAUCUACUGGCAUAAAGAUAAAAUCUUUAUCAAUUUGGCACACAGCUUUAAAUAAUUUUAAGAUGUUCUUAUAUACAUAUUAUCAUAUAAACCGGGAUGGCUUCGACGUUGCUGUCCCUACUAUUGUGCUGUAUGUGCCUGAGUAUGUAGUACUGAAGCCCCGUGCAAACAGACGCAACGUUGUUGGCCAACAACUCCCAACAUUGUUGGAUGUUACAUGUUGCGCCCGUUUGCACACCCUUUUUCCUGGUGUUGGAUGUUGUUGAGUGUUGUUGCGCAAAGUUUGAAACCGGUCAAACUUUUCAGCCAACAACUCCCAACAUUUCUUUUGUUCCGUGAUCGCCGAAGCGUAGCGAAACAAUGUUGGAUCCGUUUGCACAGCUCCUCCAACAUUGUUGGGCCACGCACGCUCAUUACGCAUGGAUUACAAAGACUUAUGGGUCGUAUUCUUCCCACGAUGCACUGCAGGUCCCCACAUAUUUGGGAAUUGUUGCAUCCGUUUGCACACCACUGCCAACACUCACGCAACAACUCCCAACAUUGUUGGCGCAACAAUGUUGGGAGUUGUUGCGCCCGUUUUCACGCAGCCUGAGAUCAAUCUAGUACAAUUUCUAUAUAAAUUUAUAACCUGUGGCUAUAGAAGAACGUCGCCUGACAAAUUUCUGGGUCAUUCGACAGACUGAUUCGAGGACCCAUAUUUUUUUCCAUGUUCAGGCCAUAAUAAACAUCACUUUUUUUCUCAUUCAGCCUGUCCAAUUUUUUUUCUUUUCUUAACUAACUUGUUCGGAGAAGUUAAUUUGAAGGAAUAAGAAGCCAGUCAGUUUUGUUCUUGUGAUUUUCCACAGGUUGACUGGCCGCUGCCUGAUGAGAAUGGCAACAUCAACCGUGAUUGGUGAGCAUAACAUUUCCGUACAAAAGUCUUUUUGCGCACUAAAUCAACUUAUGACCAUGAUUCGCAGGUUUUUUCACGAAGAGUAUUCUUGUGUGUUUCUUUUUUUGUUUCAGGGCAGAGCUUCAGAUUGAGACGACCCAGGACUAUGCGACAGACAGUUGGUUCUUGAAUGUUUUUACAGGUUCGUUUAGUGAGCAGGACAUGCCCACAGGACUUUUCACAUUUGUUUUUAUCACGUCAAGCUCUUCCAAAAUCAUUUCUUUGUUUUGCCAUAAAUCGAAAUUGAAAUUUUGCUGUCAAUCUUUUGACGUCAUUUUCCCGCCAAAAACUGUUAAAAUCGAAAACAAAAAAAAUAGGAUUUUUUGGAAUACAAAGUUCUACCAUCCUACAAAGUUUGAGUUCAAACGAAUAAAAUAUGAAAACAUAGUUCCUUCCGUGACACAACAACAAUUCAGGUCGAAGGACACAAUCAGCUAUGUUGCAUGGAAGUUUCGCGGUGACGUGAAGCGAAGUAAAGCUCGCUUGUUGUACGCAAUUUAAAGGGGCAUGUAACAGCGGCAAAAAAUGCGUUUGCGUGACAUAAUUACGUGCGGUGCACAAACUGAGGCAUUUAACGGGGACAAAAUCACGAGCAGUGUACACACAAGGACAAACUACUCAAACAAACGGGGGACAAACUAGCCACGCGCAAAGAAUUCUGGGUGAUGUGCCUGAUUUCUCGAUUGCAUACAGAAGUGGUUCAAUGCCCCUUGCAUUUUUUCCCCGCGACAUUUAAUUUUUCCAAGCUGAACUGAACGGGGUUACAUGUGGCAAUGUCUCCCUAGAGUUUAUGUCGCAUGUAAUCUUUUAAAUAAAAUUGUACGCAAGGAGACCGCGCUGUGUCGCAAACCUUAAAGGGUAACGGAAUUCCUAUUUUACUAAUUCUUAUUUAAUUUCUGAAUUCUGACUGCUCUGCCCUUUUGAGUUAGACUCACACCAAUUGAUCGUGUUGUAAUAACAGUAAGAUCAAACAGAAAAGUCAUACAGUCAUUUGGAGUCCGUUUUUGAGAGAUGUCCUCCUUUUAGAGAAUCUUAAUAGACUGAAGAUGAAAAAAGAACAGCAAAAACCAACUCUAGCCGUCCAUUUUGGGAGGAUUCCGUCCUAUUGAUGGGACCAUUAAGAGAUAAUUGGCUGCGUGAAAAUAUUGAUGUGUGCCGAUCUCUUUUUUUUUCUAGGAGCUCUCAACCACCAGACAGCUCAUCACCUGUUUCCUAAUGUGUGCCAGAUUCACUAUCCAGCGAUAACUCCCAUCUUGCGUGAAACGUGCAAGGAGUUUGGUAUCAGAUAUCACUACAAGGACACGUUAUUCCAGGCCCUUGGCUGUCACGUAUCACAUCUCAAAAGACUGGGCCAGCAACAGGGGGAAACCUGA